CUCUUUUUAUAUUCUCAUUCCAUCUCCUCUUUCUCUACUCCCUCUCUUUCUCUUCAUCACUCCACAUCGAUACUACCAUCAGUCUCACAUCUCGCGGAAUUAAGCAUUACGACGACAACAUCGAAAUCGGACCUGACCUAAUUUAAUCUAAUACUUUAUCAGCUACUUUGCCAUGGAAUCAAACGCACCACCACAGCGCCCAAAAAACUUGUGUCAGGUUGCAGAUUACUUGCUGUCACCUCAAUCAGGUGUUAAGAAAAGAGAGGGCGUCUUUAACGAAUCCAGAGUUACUUACUUUCGAGGAAAGGGAGCUGUCAAUGCCUUAUUGAAACCUGAGUUCCGUCAAACGGCAGUAGGCAAGGAAUUGGGCGAACUGACAAGGGAAUCAGCAGGGGAGCUUCUCAUGUCUAUGAUCCCUCACCAGUUCUUCCUCAGAGUCGCACGCCCCAGUGAUCCAGAUAUGCCUAAGAAUAUGCUUACAAUCGUUCAAUACCAGUCAUUUAGUGAGGAUGGCUUGUACCUCUGGAGGUAUGAGGGCUCACAGCUUCGAAACCAACUGAUGGCCGCUGGUCUUCUUCUCAUUGUCCUUGCUGCAGUCAUGUUCCCACUUUGGCCAGUUACGUUGCGUCUGGGAGUGUGGUACCUAUCUGUGGGCGUUCUCAUUCUUCUUGGCCUCUUCUUUGCAAUGGCUAUCGUUCGUCUCAUUUUGUUCAUGAUCACCUGGGUGGUGCUUAAGCCUGGUAUUUGGCUCUUCCCCAAUUUGUUUGAGGAUGUAGGUUUUGUCGAUUCAUUCAUUCCACUCUGGGGUUGGCAUGUACCUGAGCCACCAAAGGAGGUUAAAAAGAAGGGUGCUGUUGCUGGUGGUGAGGAGCCUGAGCAAGUGGUCCACACUGAGGUCGUAAGCGAUGAAACAGCUGCAAAGAUCGCUAAGCGUAGACCUAUGGUUGAGGAUGCAGUGGACGAAGAUGCAUGAUCGUUUUAAUUGUCCAUUUAUAAACACGAACAAGAAUGUCCCAUAAGCUUUUACCAACUCGAAUUCCCCUUUGCAUGUAUCCUCACGAAAAUCCUUUUUUUUUGUUUUUUUAUCUUUAUAUUCAUCAAUAAAUUCUCAUAAAUGUUCUCAGCUUGAG